AUGCCUGUGGGAGAUAUUUUUUUAUCUGCCUUCCUUGAGGUGUUGUUUGACAGAUUGACGACUCUGAAGCCAUGUGAAGAGUGGAUAAGUUCAGAGCUGAAGCAGUUAAAGAAGCAAUUGUUGACGAUUCAGGGAGUGCUUGAUGAUGCUGAAAAGAAGCAAGUGAAGAACGUGUAUGUGAAAUCAUGGUUGGAUGAUCUCCGACACUUGGCUUACGAUGCGGAUGAUGUAUUGGAUGAGUUUGCCUUUGUUUUGGAGCGCAAGUUGGUGACGGAACAACCGAGGAGAAUUGUUUCUGACCAUCUCUCAUCUUGGACUCCAAGUGCUCUCAUGUCCAAGCUCAAUAUGAAGUCCAAGAUACAAAAAAUCACUGGCCGUUUGGAAGAUCUCUGUGAUGAAAAAACUGAUCUUGGAUUGAAAGAGAUUGCUGGAAGCUCUUUAACUCGUGAUUGGCAAAGACCACCAAGUACAUGUGUGCUAACUGAAGCUGCUGUUAUUGGAAGAGAUGAUGAUGAAGCCAAAAUUCUUGACAUGUUAUUAACCGAUGAAGCCGGUGAUGCAGACGUUCGUGUUAUAUCCAUCUGGGGAAUGGGCGGCAUUGGAAAGACAACUCUUGCUCAAAAACUCUACAAUGAAGUGUCAACGCAGAACUUCCAUCUACACUCAUGGGUUUGCGUCUCCCAUGAUUUUGAUGUUCUGAGAAUCUCAAAGACAAUUCUGGAGUCUGUCACCUGUAAUUCCUGUGAUCUCAGUGAUUUAAACGCGGUGCAGCUACAACUGAGCAGAGCAAUUUCUAGACGAAAAUAUUUGCUGGUCUUGGAUGAUGUCUGGUCGAUUGAUUAUGGGCUGUGGCAAGUUCUGAAAUCUCCCUUUAUGGGUGGUGAACGGGGGAGUAGGAUUGUAUUGACCACACGUAACAAAGAUGUUGCUUUAACGGUUGGAAAUGGCGAAACUUACCAUUUGAAUCUUCUAUCGUACGAUGACUGUUGGGAUAUAUUUGAGAAUCAUGUUGGUGGGAGCCGAGUUAUCGCUGGGCUUCCGAAGUUGGAAUUAAUCCGUGAAAAAGUUGUUGAGAAGUGUGGGGGACUACCGUUGGCAGCAAGAACUCUGGGUGGGCUUCUACGCCACAAGCGGAGAGGAGAUGAGUGGGUGAAAUUAUUGGAUAGCAAACUUUGGGAUUUAUCAGAGAAAACUGAUAUUCUCACUGUGUUAAAAUUAAGCUAUCUUCAUCUUCCGUCUCAUCUUAAGAGAUGUUUUGCGUACUGUUCAAUUUUUCCCAAGAAUUAUAAAAUUUACAAGGAGCAAUUAGUCUAUUUGUGGAUGGCGCAAGGUUAUAUUCACCCCUCAAAAAAUAAGCAGCUGGAAGACGUUGGCAGUGAAUAUUUUGAUGAUCUAUUGUCAAGAUCGUUCUUUCAGCAUUCCAAAGGUGAUCAUUCUGUGGUAUUCAUGCACGACCUUAUCCAUGAUCUGGCUGAAUGGGCUGCUGGAGAUACUACUUUUAUGUUGGAGGAUGAAUCAGAGGCCUAUAUGCAGUCAGAAGAAUGUGAGAAGGUUCGUCAUUUUUCUUGCAUCACUGGUUCUUAUGAUAGUAAAAGUAAAUUUCAGGUCCUAGAUGAAGUUAAUCGCCUAAGGACAUUUUUACCAUUGCCACUAGAUGGUCACAGUCGAUACAUAUCUGAUAGGGUAAUUUCUGAUUUGUUGCCCAAGUUACAAAAUUUAAGGGCCCUAUCUUUAUCAAAAUAUUACAUCACUGAAAUACCCCAUUCUAUAGGAGAAUUGAGGCUUCUAAGGUAUCUUGAUGUUUCUGACACUCAAAUUAGAUGUUUACCAGAGUCAUUGGGCUUAGUAUACCACUUGGAAACAUUGCUUCUAAAUGCUUGUUCUCGUCUCAAGAAACUGCCUUUGGAGAUAGGAACGUUGAUCAAUCUUCGUCGUCUCGAUAUUACAAAUGUAUAUUUAAUAACAGAAAUGCCUGUUGGAAUGAAAAAUCUGAAACAACUUCGGACAUUGUCUGAUUUUGUUGUGGGUAAACAAACUGGAGCUAGUUUGAAAGAAUUGAAGAAUUUAAAGUUCCUUUGUGGAAGACUUUGUAUUUCAGGAUUAGAAAAUGUGAUUAAUUCUCAUGAUGCAAGAGAGGCCUUGUUAAGUGAGAAGAAAGAUUUAGAAGUAUUGUCGCUACAAUGGAGUUUGCAAUUUGAUGACUCAAGAAAUAAUCUACUGGAAAAGGAUAUACUCGCCAUGCUACAGCCUCAUAGAAAUCUAAAAGAGCUCACUAUUAAAGGCUACGGUGGCAAAGAACUUCCUUCUUGGUUAGGAGAUCCAUCAUUCUCUAAUAUGGUGACCCUAAAAUUGGAAAGCUGUAGAAACUGUACAUCCUUGCCUUCUUUGGGGCUCUUAGGGUCACUUAAAGACUUAACCAUCAAGGGGAUGACAGGACUUAAAAGGAUAGGUCUAGAGAUCUAUGGGGAAAGUUGUUCAAAGCCUUUUCAAAGUUUGGAGACUCUUUCUUUAGUGGAUUUGGAUGAAUGGGAGCUUUGGGAUUCUAUCGUAGAAAAUAAGCAUGUUGAAAUAUUUCCUUGCCUACGUGAGCUGUCUAUUGUAAGAUGCCCCAAGUUCUCUGGAAGAUUACCUGACAGAUUUCCUUGCCUUCUUGAGCUUUCCAUUUUAAGAUGCCCCAAACUGUCUGGAAGAUUGCCUAGUCAUCUUCCUUCAUUGAAGAAGCUUGUUAUUUUUCAAUGUUUGCAAUUGGUGGUUUCAUUCUCAAGCUUCCCAAUGCUCUGUAAACUAGAAAUAGACGGUUGCAAAGAGAUUGUGUGCAGCAGUCAAAAGAUUGAUUCUAAGUCACUGAAGUCUAUGACUCUUGCAAAUAUCAGAGACGUUGGAAAUUGGUUAAAACAAGAGUUUCAUAAUGUUGAACAUCUGCAGAUUGUUGAUUUGCACAGUAGCGAUACAUCUAGUCUUGAGUACUUGUAUAUCUCUGAGUGCCCAUCUCUCACGAGCAUAUCAUCCAUAGGCCAACAACUUGUGGCACUUAAACACCUUGAGCUUUGGAGUUGCCCAAACUCACAACCUAUCAACCAGGCGACGUUACCGGAUACACUUCAACACCUCAACAUUGUUGAUGUUGCAAAGCUGGAGAUGAUAGCUGACAGAUUUCGCAAUAACACUUCUCUCGGAUAUAUUAAGCUCUGUAAAUGUAACAAUCUUAAAUUCAUACCUGAGGGCCUCCACAAUCUUAGCAGUCUUCGUGAUUUUUACAUAUGGGAUUGCCCGAAUCUUGUUUCCUUUCCAGAAGAAGGCCUUCCCAAGACCAGCUUAAGAGUUUUUUCAAUUGAGAGAUGUAAGAAACUUAAAGCUCUGCCGAACCACAUGCACAACCUCAAAUUUCUCCAAGAAUUACAAUACGGCAGUGUCCAGAUAUUGCAUCCAUUCCAGAAGAAGGUUUUCCCACUAACCUGA